AUGUCUUUCACAAGACACGGAAAAGGGCGUACACUUGAAGAACAAAAAAUCUGUUCGAGCGCUGUUCAAAAAUAUUUCUACCAGACAACAACACAUGGGAUUCCAGCAGUGUAUUUCAAUGAAGGAAAGACGAAAAAGGUUAUAUGGUCAAUCAUUUUCUUUGCUCUUCUGGGCUCCUUAUCCUUCAACGUGGCAAACCUUCUUUCGGAAUACUUUAGCUAUCCAAUUUACCAACGGGUGCGAGAUGAAAGACCUACAGAAGUCAAAUUCCCCAGCGUUACUAUUUGUACAGCAAGCGACUACUCAAAGUCGUCAGUGACGAAUGAAACACUAGAGAAUGUUGGUCUUUUUGUCAGCAAGAUAGAAAAUAACGAAGUCGAUUACGACAGUUUCGGUGAAUGGCGAAACAAAAUGGAGCAAGAACACCUGACACAUGUUCACACUACUGAAUUUCAACAUAAGGUGAAAUCAGAAUUCAGACCAAUGCUUUUGAAAAGCCUUAAAGGUUCGUGUAGCUUUUCCACAGUUAAAUCAUGUAAUUAUUCGCGGGAUUUCAAGUUGACGUUCCCAUCAAAUGAAGACAAGCUUUGUUAUACCUUCAAUCAUAAUAAAAGCGAUCCUUAUUUCCAGAGAGGGAAUGGCCCGUUAUUUGGUCUUUCCAUGGUACUUUAUGUAAAUCAGUCAGAUUACGUGCCAGCAAUGGGCUUUGAUAACGGUAUUGGCCUUACAGUCUAUAUCCAUGCUGUUAACACCUACCCAUUUCUGGGAGUCCAUGCAAUAAGCGUCCCACCGGGCUACAGCAGCAACAUUGCAAUGCACAAGAUAGUGACUACCCGUCUCCCACCUCCAUAUCCAUCAAGAUGCACUGACGGACAAGAUAUUCUCAAUAUUUUCCCGGGGGACUACACGGCCAUGAGCUGUGAAGUCUCUUGUCAAUACGACUAUAUCUAUAAGAAGUGUGGAUCUAUCGAGCCUUUCAUGCGAUCAUUUAUGCCACCUGAGCAGUACCCCCGUACAAAAAGUUCCGACGUCGAAGAUGUCCUUGAGUGCAGAAACAGGAUACUUAUGGAGCUUUACGAACAUGGGUUUCACGAAAAAUGCAACUGCCCACCUCCUUGUGUGGACGAGGUCUACCAUCACAUUGUCUCAAUGACAAAAUGGCCAGCCUUAGUUGACAUACCACUGUACCGGAUUGCCUUUGCAAAAGCGCUCAGUUUAGAGCCAAACAAACUUACACGCGAGUUCAUACGGAGCAACUUUCUGCAAAUCCGGGUAUAUUUUGAUGAACUCGGUUACAAGCAUGUCUACGAGCAAUGCAAAAUAUCAUUAGCUGAAUUGUUCAGUAACCUUGGUGGCCAACUAGGAUUAUGGAUUGGUUAUUCAUUGUUUUCAAUUAUUGAGUUAAUGGCAAUGCUAGUAACAGUAGCAUAUCUUUUUGUGAAGCAAAAAUGCACCAAUAGAACAAACGUAAAAUCGAAUGGUAUCAGUCAUUUUGAAGAAAAAAAAAGUGACGAUGAAAAUGCACAAUAAUUCAAAGGAGACGGCGUGAAAUAAGAGUAGCUGAUUGCAGUUUUACUCAUCGAAAGCCUAGAGAAAAACGUGCAAGGGGUGACUGAUUCGAACGAAGAAAACAAAGACACGCUGAAAGCUAUUUGCCAUUCUACAGAUACGAUUCGUCAGUACAAACACAUCAGCACAUCAGUACAGAUAAGAUCUUCUUUGAGAAAAGAUUGACCUCGACUGCUGUGUUCACGUGACAGGAAGGCUUGAAGCACAAUCUAUACAAAUGCACAUUUACACGAUAAGGUGCACCGCGCGCGCGAAAGCUCAUACUUGUUUCCUUGGCACUCGAACAAUUAUUUGUAAAACGGGGCAUCAGCGAUACCUUCAGAAGAUGCAAUACAUUUCCAUUAAUGGACUUCCACUAAAACUUAAGCUUGAUAAAACAGCAAAUUACAGGGCUUUUAUUUUUAUUUGCAUGUUCAGGCCGUGUAAUCGGUCUAGUGACUUGAUGACUUUCUUGAGAAUCGCUUCGAUAAACUGACUUUUUUCUAAACAGGUUCCUCGAAUGAACGUCCCUUUAUGAUGUUUAAAUGGAAAACUGCGAACGUCAAUAUUAUUGAGGGAGUUUUUCUUCUUUUUCAUUUCAUUGAUACGAACCUGAACCUGAACUAAUUGCGGUAUUUAAUAUAUUUGAAGAUAGCACAGAGGUUUUGCCAACAGAAUAAGCGAGUAAAAAGUUGUUUCUUUACUGCAGAGACUCGUGUUGUCUAUAGUACUGAAGUCAUGCUCUGUCCAUUCAAAAAGAUUGCGUCCCUACCAGUCAAAAACAUUCAGUCGUUUAUAAAUUUUCGUACCGAUUUGAAUAUCGGUAUGUAUUUUAAUGCCAAUACGAAGUCAACGAUUUGUCAACAAUAUAAACAGCAUGUUUGUGCAAGCAUCAGGCGAGAAAUAGUUCUGAAAUUAGAACAGCCACGGAGUAAUUUAAAUACCAGUUUGCCCAAAUAAAAUGCGUUUAAAAAAUAAGAACAAAAAAGCCAGCUGAGUUUGAAGAACCUUAAAACGUAAUUUGACCAGCAUUUGACUGCAUAUGCUUCUUAUUUAUAAGUGUGACCCUUAAACAUUGUUUUUGGGCACAUUGCUUUUUAAAUACAUUGCAACAUUUACAAAUAUUACCUUUUUAUGAACCUUUUCAUUAACGAUAUAUGUUUUGUGACACGGAAUAACCUUCUUUGCUGAUUUUAUCAAAACAACAAUACAUGAUCAAAUACAUCCCAACUUAUUCUGCAAUAAAAGGUAGUCCUCUAUCUAAAACUUAAAACUUUAACUUGGGAACAAAUUGAGAACAGUCAUGACUCAAAAUACUACUUAAGUGUGUAAUCCCUCUAUAAAUCAGUUCCCUCCAGGCAUCCUGCCCAUGAAAGGUCUCUCCGUUCUCACACAAUCGAAACAAUGAGACAAUACACUCUUUUUUAAAAUAACUGGCUUUAAGAAGUCCAGUACUGGCAUUGCACAUUGUAUUACAAAACUGGCAGACUCUAAGUUUCGUAAAUAGCGCAUGCAUGAUGCAUUUUUAUGAGACUCUAGUUGUUGUAUUACUGUUGUUCGUUUGAGGUCUGUUGAGAUAUAUAAAAUCAUUUUGGUUACCAAAGGUAUUAUAUCAUCGCAUAAUCUGAUAUUGCAUUUAAACAAUUCUUCGGGGAUUAGCAGAAAUUUUGCAAACUUUUGCGUCAAACAUAUCGUGAAUUCAAAGUGUUUUUAAUAGCCCGUUAUUAGUUAUUAUAACGACCACGUAACGUCGGAACUGAAGUAUUGACCUAAACUGAAUAUCUUCGUAAAACCUAUAAAAUCAACGAAAUCUAAAUUCUCAAAAUAUUUAGAUUAUUUCUCACAGGACUUCUAUCUUAUUCACUUACAGGACCGUUAUCAAUUGCAAUCUUAUUGUAAAAUUCAUCUGUGAAGCAAUUAAAACGCCCUGCGAGUAAACGUAUUCAGGAUGGACUUUCACAACGCGAUCAGACGAACUUGAAAUUAUGACAUCAUUGGGCCUUAGAUGAUAUGCUGUUAUUGACAAAAGUAAUGUCAGUAACUUUGCAGAAACAUAAGGAAAGACUCCACACCAUACUAUACUCUGAAAGCCUCUUCACUAGUCAGUAACCUAGUAUACCGUAUAGCCAUAGUUGGUAUAACCUAGUACAAAUAUAAGCACAUAUAGUUUUGACUGCUAAAUUACAACUCUCAUCAGUACGGCACUACAGCAACCCUGGUUUCCAUUUAAAUCUUUAUCAAUACGAACAUUAAACAGAGAUGAUAUUAUAAUUAAUAGAAAGUUAUGAAUUAGCUUUCAAAAUAAGUUAAUCAUGCAGGGAUGACUUAACCUGCGCGCAGACUCGGAAAUUUAAAAGAGGAGGGAAAGUAGAGUCUGCGCAACAGAGCCGCUUUUCUUGUUCGCUGACAUCAGCACUUUAUUCUAAGCACUAGAACAACAACUCCAUUAGCGUGCAAUGUUUUUCUGUAAUUUUAGUUGUUCAAAAGAACAAACAGACCUAUUCUAUUA